CUCACGGUGUUAAGACAUUUUGCCUGUUGCAAUCAGAAAAACCUCACGACCAGAGGGUGACGGCAGUAUCGUAUAUUGGGAUAAAUGCGCUUUUUUGUGCGCCUAGCAAAUUUUAGAGUAACCAUUGUUUUAGUUUUAAUAAUCAACACUUGCUGAACAGUUUCCCAUGUCAACAGCAAAAUGAAUUUCGAUGAAUUUCUCAAGAUACUUGGCGAGUUCGGUACGUACCAACAACGCAGAUAUGCUUUGAUGUGCAUGAUAGCUUUCUACUCAGUAUUAUCCACAUUGGGCAUAGUAUUUUACGGCGCCGAACCAGAACACCAUUGUAAAAUACCUGCGGCACAGGUAGAACGCGUGACUACGCUGUACGGAAACGUUACACGGGAAGAGCUCUUAGAUCUGUUUGUACCGUACACAAAGGAAGGAAAGCGCAGUGGUUGUAAACUGUAUCGCGUUGACGAAAAGUACCUGAAUUCUACGCUUCCCACAUUACCCAGUAGCAGUUUCCCAAAUGGAAGAAUGGUAACAUUUAAUGAUUCAGUUGAAACUGACAUCCACAUCCUCUGGAAUCAAACUGUUGAAGGGAAGAGGGAAACUAUUAACUGCCCUGGACAAAGAGUAUACAGCAAGGACAUCUAUGAAUCUACCAUUGUUUCUGAGUUUGAUCUUGCGUGUGAGAACGCAUGGCAAACCGACACCUGCAGUUCGGUUUUCUACGUCUUUAAACUGCUGGCAAUGCUGGUGACGGGAAUCCUGUCAGACAGAUUCGGACGUCGUCCUGUAUUCCUGAUUGGCAUUAUAACACUGGUGGCGUCGGGGAUUUCAUCGGCGUUUGCUCCGAAUAUGUCGGCGUUUUGUGUCCUUUACGUCAUCCAGGGCGCCAGUGACUCGACCAUGUUUUUGGCGCUAUAUACAAUGGGAAUGGAGUAUGUCGGUCCAAGUAAGAGAAAAAUCGCUGGCGUUUUUAUGGAUAUGUGUUUUGGUUUAGGGCACGCUCCUCUCGCCAUUGAGGCUUAUUUACUUUCCAACUGGCGAUAUUUAGCUCUGGUGGCGAGCUCACCCGGUGUUAUUUUUAUUUUUUCCUGGUUCUUUCUCUCAGAACCAACGCGGUGGUUACUAGCACGUGGCAGGCACGAGGAGGCGAAGAAGAUCAUUACCAAAGUUGCCGUAGUUAACAAGGUUAAGCUUGAAGAGGACACAUUGGAGCGUCUUUUCACAGAAGGAGACGAGGAAAAGCAGACAUCCACGCACACUCCUAUUGACGUGUUGAGAACUUGGAAUCGAGCUAAAUUUUCUUUAAUAAUGAUCACAUGCAGGUUUAUCCUCGACAUGACUUACUAUGGAAUUGUACUUCAUUCAGAAGGGCUUGGUGGCAACAUAUACAUUAAUUUUGCCUUACUGGGAGCUGCAGAUGUUCCAGGGCUGUUGGUAGCCGUGUUUAUUGUAGAUAGAGUUGGUCGCCGGAGUAUAAUUGUUGUGACGUUCUGCAUCGGUGGAAUUGCCUGUAUUGUGUCAGGCCUGCUUCCUACAGAUUUACAGUGGCUGAUAAUAACAAUGGCGGUAAUAGGGAAGAUGAUGGUUUGUGUUACGGGAAGUGUAACGUUAAUGUUAACAGCUGAGGUUUAUCCCACUGUGGUAAGGCAGUCUGGAAUCUCCCUCACUGUGUCCGUGGGCAGAUUGGGUGCCGCUGUGGCGCCACAAGUCCUAGCCCUUGGCCGGAUAUAUUCGCCUUUGCCAUUCAUCAUUUUGGGGUCCCUUGCUGUUGGCAGCGGCUUGUUGGCCUUAUUACUACCCGAAACUCUUGGGAAGUCGCUCCCACAGACUAUAGAGGAAUGGGAUGCCAGACUUAAUCAUGGCAGCCUUAAGUUUACUGUGGACCACGAGAGCGUUGACCGUCAAACUGGUGAAGAGUUGAAAGACCUAAGCAAUGACAGUGUUGAUGUUGACAGUAAACGUGCCGAUGGAGCUGAGGGCUUGGAACUCGGAGCCCGUAAUGUGACAAAUAUUUAGCCCAUCACCCCAUCU